CAAGCCGUCACCUGAUUACUGCAGGGGAGGAGGUUAUGGACAAGAAGGCGAGAGCACAGCAGAGAAGAGACAAGAGGCGAGAAGAGGUCUCUCUCCUCCGUGAAAUUCCAUAUUCCGAUCACCAGAGAUGGUGGAACACCAAAACCAUUGCUGUUGUAACUGGUGCAAAUAGAGGGAUUGGAUACGAGAUUGCUCGCCAGCUUGCCGGCCAUGGAUUGACAGUCAUUCUCACCUCAAGGGAUGCCAGUGUUGGAGAAGCAGCUGCAAAGAUCUUACAAGGACAAGGCUUGAGUGUGGUGUUCCAUCAACUAGAUAUUGUGGUUCCUUCAUCUGUCGAAGCACUUGCUAAAUGGAUAAAGGAAACUUAUGGGGGAAUAAAUAUAUUGGUAAACAACGCUGGAGUAAAUUUCAAUACGGGGCCAGACAAUUCUGUGGAAUUUGCAGAAAAAGUUAUCACUACCAACUACUUCGGGACCAAGGACAUGAUCAAGGCCAUGAUCCCUCUUAUGAGACCUUCAAAUCCAGGUGCUCGGAUUGUUAACGUGACUUCAAGAUUGGGAAGGUUGAAUGGCCGGCGAAAUAGAAUCGGAAACAUUGACUUGAGAAAUAAACUCGAAGAUGUUGAAUUCCUAUCCGAAGAAUUCAUUGACCAGGUGAUGCAUAUGUUCUUAGAACAAGUUAAAGAUGGUAGUUGGAAAGAUAGUAAAUGGCCUCAGGUUUAUACAGACUACUCCUUGUCAAAACUAGCUGUUAAUGCUUACACGAGGUUGAUGGCAAGAGAAUUGUCGGGACGGGCAGAAGGACAUAAAAUUUAUGUCAACUGCUGCUGUCCGGGAUGGGUCAAGACUGCCAUGACGGGGUGGGCGGGGCACAGUAGCCCUGAGGAAGGGGCUGAUACUGCAGUGUGGCUUGCCCUGAUUCAUGACCCAUCGAUAAGUGGCAAAUUCUUCGCCGAGAGACGGGAGAUUAAUUUCUGAAGCGAGGAUGGGGGAGUAUAAUUUACCAAUAAGGAGUCGAGGGUAAAAUAGGAAUAGGAGUGGCAUUAGCAAAUUCUGCCCUGUCAUUAGCUGUAGGCGGCUGUAUAUAAAGUGCUUGGAGCUCAAGCCAAG